AUGGACUGUCUGCCCUACAUGGCCGGGGGAGAGUGGGGGAAGGUGAGUAGAGAUGUUGCAGAGGGAUGAAGAGGGAUGGAUGGAUGGAGGGAGGUAGAGUGGGGGAAGGUGAGUGGAGGUGGAGGGAGGGAGGGAGGGAGGGGAGGGAGGGGGGAAGUGUCAGGAACUGUAAGAGGGAGAGUGAAAGGAGGAGGGCAUUCCAUUUUGAUUCCACAUAAAGUUGUAAACAAAUACAAUUGUCACAUAGUUGCUGCAUCAUGAAUGUGUGUGUUACAGUGCUCUGUGUCCUGUGGUCUGGGGAUCCAGCGUAGGGAGCCAGUGUGUCGGCGGCUGACCUCAGCUGGACAGCAGGUGACGCUGGCUAGGAGGCUCUGCAAUGGCCUCUCCUCUCCACCCCUGGUCAGGACCUGCCGAAUGAUCACCUGCCCUAGUGAGUACACACACACACACACACACACACACACACAUGCACACACACACACACACACACUCAAACACACACACACACUCUCAUACACAACACAUUACACACACACAAACAAACACACACACACACACACACACACACAUACACACUUCCCAUGUCUGCAGGUCUGGAGAAUAUGUCAUGUCGUGUUCCGUCUGAUGUCAGUGCUCCAUAAAGCCCAACUCUACAGAGAUGUGACACACCAGAUUAGAGAUUCUGAAAACAUACUGUGCCUGCGUCCCAAAUGGCACCCUAUUCUCUGUAUAGUGCAUUACUUUUGAGCUGGACCCAUAGGGCUCUAGUCAAAAUUAGUGUACUAUAUAGGGAGUAGGAUACCAUUGGUCCCUGGUCAAAAGUAGUGCACUAGGGAAUAGGGUGUCAUUUGGGACGCAUUCACUGUGAACAUACUAUGCGUGAGUAGGAGUCUUAAAUAUGUACACUUGAAAGUGAUCCAAAGUAGUAUAGGGAAUAGGGUGCUAUUUGGGGUCCAGCCUCUGUGGCCAUAAUGUGCGUGAGUACAACGUCUGGAAAGUGAUUACCCAUGAGAAUACAAACACUAGAACAUGACCCGUCCUUCAAAACGACUGUUCUUUAUCAGGCUCAGUUCUCACUUUGAAUGUUUACAUUUGAACUGACUAAUCAAAAAAAUUAAUAUAUAUAUAUAUAUAUCUACCUACAGUAUGUAAAUGUUAUCUAUGCUAACGUACAAACAGUACACCAUUACUGACCGUAAUCUACACAUGCACGAGUGCACACACACACGCACACACACAAACACACACACACACACACACUGUAAGCCAACUACUGCUCAGUGCAGCCAAGAAACGCAUAGCGUACUUCCAGAAUGAAGACAACAUCUGAAAAGCAUACAGAAGGAAGGUCAACGGUUGUUCACUGAGUGUGUGUGUGUGUUCACACUGUAAAGGAAAUAGUCCACUGUCCUACGGUGUGUGUGUGUGUUCACACUGUAAAGGAAAUAGUCCACUGUCCUACGGUGUGUGUGUGUGUUCACACUGUAAAGGAAAUAGUCCACUGUCCUACGGUGUGUGUGUGUGUUCACACUGUAAAGGAAAUAGUCCACUGUCCUACGGUGUGUGUGUGUGUUCACACUGUAAAGGAAAUAGUCCACUGUCCUACGGUGUGUGUGUGUGUUCACACUGUAAAGGAAAUAGUCCACUGUCCUACGGUGUGUGUGUGUCCCAAAGUGUUGACUGUGUGUCUGACAGCUACCAUCUCUCUGAACUGCCUCAACAGAGAGAGGACAUACAACACAUGAUUGAGUGCCUCACAAAUGUCACAGCUACUCCUUAAAGGAAGUGUGUGGUGUGUGUGUGUGUGUGCCUGUGUGUGUACGCCAGUGUGUGUGUGUGUGUGUGUGUGUGUGUAUGCGCAUGUGUGUGUGUUUGAGAAACUGUCCUACCCAGCUGCUGCUUAUGAGGGCUAGGGUCAGAGUGGGGUCAUGGCGUGUGUGUGUGUGUGUGUGUGUGUGUGUGUGUGUGUGUGUGUGUGUGUGUGUGUGUGUGUGUGUGUGUGUGUGUGCGUGUCUGUGAUGUGCGCGCAUGCCCGUGCCUCUGUACAUGUGUAUGAACUUUCAACAUGUCAGUUUACUGCACCCAUAGCUUCACAAUAGGGUAGUGUGUUUACUGUGUGUUGUGUUUGGAGACAUUGGAUGGAUUGACUUCACAUUAACCAAAUAAUUUUCUCUCCUCUGCUCUCAUGCUAGCCUCAGGCUACGUCCCAAAUAGCACCUUAUUCCCAAUAUAGUGCACUACUUUUCACCAGGGACCAUAGGGCUCUGGUCAAAAGUACUGCACUAUGUAGGGAAUAGGGUGCCAUUUGGGACGUAGCCUCAGAGUCCCAAGCACAAGGUCAUGUUGCCUCAUCCUUCUAGCCCAGACCUUAUCUCAUUCCCUGUUAUCAAAGCUAAUGAUAUCAAAUCCACAUGAUUAACUUGGCCACAGAGAGGAUGCAUCCUAAAUGGCCCCAUAUUCACCAUGUAGUGCACUACUUUUGAGCAGAGCCCACAUUGCCUCACAGUCUAAGUAUGUGACCAUACAGGCUCUGGUCACUACAUAGGGAAUAGGGUGCCAUUUGGGACGCAAACAGAGAGUAUGUUAGAGGGAGGGUCCGCAUGCAUUGCCUCACAGUCUAAGUAUGACCAUCGGUCAGUACGAGACAGAAAUUACAGCGAUUGAAAGACUGCUCUUUUGUGAGAGGUUGGUUUUAAGUCCAGCUGAUUCCAGACAAAAUAGGGUUUAACAUCUUGUUCUCUAGUAAUUGGUUGGCUCUUUUAUAAUUUUAAGAUUUAAGAUCACUUUAUUGGUCAAUUGCACACAAGGUCCAACCAGAAUUAGACUUCUGCUUUUAAUCCAACCCCUCCAAAGACACACAGGUUUUGUGGAGGUACAGGGGGCUGCCACACUGGGUGCCCCGGGGAGCUGUUGUUGUUUGGGGUUAACUGCCUUGCCCAAGGGCACAACGGUAGGCAAUGGGAUUUGAUACCAGCAACCCUCCGGUUGCCAGCUCACUUCCCACCAGAUUUUUCUCGUCGGUCCCGGGAUUUGAACUGGCAACCAUCCUGUUGCCGGCUUGCCUCUCUAACCGCUAGGCUAACUGCCACCCGAAUUAUGGUAAUUGUGUCAAAUCAUUAUUCCGAAUCAAAUAAUUAUCAUAAUGUCAGAUAAACUGUAGGUUUUAUUUAUGAUAUUUUGUGUUAGUUGUAAAGUUGUUUUUAUCCUUCUUCUAAACCUUCAUGCUAUAGCCUAUAUUCAUCAUGUGAGUAAAUUACAAUGGUUUAAUUCACUGUAAGAGGCUGACCUCUGUUGUUUUCUCUCUCUCUCUCUCUCUCUCUCUCUCUCUCUCUCUCUCUCUCUCUCUCUCUCUCUCUCUCUGUCUCUGUCUCUGUCUCUGUCGCUGUCUCUCUCUGUCUCUCUCUGUCUCUCGCUCUCUGUGUCUCCCUCCCUCCCUUCCUCUUUCCCUCCAUCUAUCCCUCCUUUCAGAGCAUAAGAAAGAGUUGAACCCCAGACAGCCUGUGAAGGAAUCAUCCAGAAUCAACCAGCAGCCCACAAAGCAGACAGGGAAGGAAGCAUUAAAGGAAACAAUCAAGGAGCCAGUGAAGCGUUGUCCAUUGAUUCUAGGCCUGAGUCGUAUCUACAUCCAGACCCGGCAGGAGAAACGCCUCCACCUGACCAUCGGGGGGCGUGCUUACCUCCUACCUAAAACCUCCCUGAUCAUUAAAUGUCCUGUCCGGCGCUUCCAGGUUGGAUCCUAUUCCCUUGGUCUUUAUUGUUGUAAUGGAUGAGAACAUAUGCCAUGGCUGGGGUUUCCAACUAUGACUGGACAUUUAAAAUGACUUACAUUUCAUUUUGUAGAUUCAUUCCGGCAAUAGACAAAUCUCCCUGACUAGCUGUUCUGCUCAGCUUGUCAGGAGGUUAAGGCCAUUCUAAAUUGAGAGGUUGGCAUCCUUAGCUCUUAUUUUUGCCUUGUGUUUUGUCUUGUAUGUUGUAUCCAGAAAUCCUACAUCCGUUGGGAGAAGGACGGCCAUCCCCUGCCCAGCUGCAAGCGUCUGGGCAUCACCAAAUCUGGGUCUCUAAAGAUCCACAGCCUAGGUGUCGUGGACAGCGGGGUGUAUGUGUGUAUCGCCGGCCCUGCCUCCGACACAUUCACCCUUAAACUGAUUGGCAGCGACAGCAGACUGAUCGACCGACCGGUCGAGAACGAAUCGGACCCCGAACCCGGCCUAGACCUGACCAGGAUUCAACCGCGAUUCAACCCUCAGGACUGGGACCCCCAGGGUCUUCCUCACUGCCUCCCCUUUACCCCCAGCCUCAAAGGUCCCAGUCUGUCUCUGCUGCCCUCCAGUGGUGUGGAGGCCUCGGUUCUGCAGGUGCAGGCGGGGGCCUCCGGGCUGCAGCCCUGGAGCCUGGAGGAGAGGGUGAGGAACGUGAGUUUACAGGCGGAGACAGGAGAGAUCAGCCAGGACCAGGCUUCUCAGAUCAUCUACACCCUCAUCACAGAGAUGGCUGGAGCACAACAGGCCUCCACAGAGCAGUGGAGAGGGACCAAGGAGGAGACGGGGAACCCAAAAGGUAACGUUUUGUUACGAUAG